AAUUGCGUAACAGAACCCGCUAGUCCCAUUCUCCCCCAUUCUCCUCGCACUCAGCCGCCGCUCCUCUCUUCCCCAAAUCCCCAAUCGACAGCGCCCUGCUCGACCCCAAAUAAACCACCAGCGGCGGGCGGCAGACGUCGGCGGUCCGUGCACCUCCGGCCGUCCCUUCCCGUGGGUCACAGCUACUCCUCCCGUUCUCCUCCUCAAGAUCUAAGGCAAGUCGCAAGUGACGGCCAGACAACGACGGCGACCGGCGAAUCCACGAAGACGGUGACGGUUGAGAGUAGGAGCACGUACAGGCGAGGCUUGUAGCAGUCGGGGACCAUCUGCAUCCACGGAUCCAUCAAGUUGAAAGCAGAGGAGGCAUACAAUGAGGCUGCUCAAAGCGGAGGAGUUGUUCCGGAAAGUACUUGAGGGUGGGUCAAAGAAGCAGGGCCGGCUGCUUGGGCUCGAUGUUGGCAGUAAGUAUGUGGGGCUAGCCGUUUCUGAUCCCCAAAACAAGAUUGCCUUGCCUCUAAGUGUGUUGGGUAGGACAAAGACAAACAUCGACUUGAUGGCAGAUGAUUUCAAAACACUGGUUAAGAAGUACUCCCUCGAAGGGCUUAUUGUGGGUUAUCCAUUCAACUUACAGGGACAAUCUUCUCCAGAUGCAAUACAAGUAAGCCUUCUUGUUGGAGAACUUUCUAAAACUGGGAAACUUGAUAAUUUGGGCUACACAUAUUGGGAUGAAAAUUUUACCUCAAAGUGUGUGGAAGCCCUUCUAAAUCCUCUGAAACUAAGUACUCCGGUAGAGACCAAAACCAUGACAGAUAAGUUUGCUGCAGUUUGCAUACUCCAGGGCUAUCUAGAUAACAUGAACAGAGCUAUGAGAUCCACAGACGAUUGUAAAGAGUAAGGUGACACCUGAGCUCCAUGUACACUAAACCAAGAAAUAUCAUUGGGUCAGCUUCUGCCUAGCGGUCAGGUCUCCCUUUAAAGCAUGGAUGUGAAACCAGUUCCUCAUGUCGGUACAUUGAUAUGCAGUUCUUCGGGGCGUGAAGGAAACUCUGAGCUGGUGCGUUGUUAGGCUUGUACAGCUGACAUAUUUCUACUGACAGUUCAUCAUCUGGCAAAAGAAGCUUUCCUGCUUAGCCGCUGAAGGCAAAUUUGUUAGUAGAUGAUACUAAACUAUUUGAGACUGUUCUUCCUUCCUUUCUUUCUUUCAACCUCUGUUUGCUUAUGAUAGUUUUGGCAUUAGCAUAGUUGUGAUAAUGCCUGCAUGCCAUAAAGCUACACGAGAGGUGCGAGACGCAUUGCCUAGACUAAUAUCGUCCUUUCCAUAAAUUAAGCAUGCAAAUGCAUUGUUAGCA